GAUCUUAAUGAUGUUUAUGUUGCUGGUACACUGUAUAGGAAUGUAGCAGAAAUUUAUAAUAAUAGUUUAUUAUAGUUGCUUUUACUAGUCAUAUUUUAUAGUCUUUACAGUAUUUCACUGUCGACUUUUUAAACAUUCAGUGGUGAGUUCACAGUCAUGUUUGGCACUAUAAUAGUCCCAUAGGACCUAUUUUUCCUAGUUUGUAGUCACAUGUCUGUGUAUUGGGCUACUAUUACUUAUGUCCCUUAUGUUUUAAGCUUAUUUUAGGGGCAAACAGGUAAACAUUUAUAUCCUUCGCUGUUCUUCAGAUGAUCACUUCUUGCAGACCUUAUUUUUAUGAAGUGAUCUCAGACUGGUGGAAGUUUGGUGAUUUCCAGUGGGAUGUUUUUGCUGUGGACUGGCUUAAAAUAGAGCUAUUCCUAUAAUAAAAUGAUAGGACAUAUUUCAGAAUAAAUAAAUACACGUGCAUAUUUCUUACACAAGAGAUAAAAAAAUACCGUGAAGUGGGUUAAAAAUCCCCACUGACGCACAGUUUAGUCCCUGCAGGAAUAUUACAGCUCCGUGAUUUCGCGUUACAGAGGGAUGUCCCGGUGCAACGGCGAAUGUGAAUGCAGGCAGCGCAUGAAUAUUAUCUCCAGCAUGCCACUUCGGAAGUAGGUCACCGCUCACCGAUUUGUUCACCAUGUCUCCAGCUACUGUGGGCUGUUUGGUCCGCGGAUCGCUCCCCAGGUCGAAUGCCCGACCGAGUAGAAACUGACCAUCAGAAACAAGACGGACGGAAUAUUUUUGAUUUCCGACGGGACGCACAAGAGUGUGUGGACACAGGUGAUGAUCCAUGAUGAUGCUCACUGAAGGGUCUCUCUGAACUGAAACCCACUAUCGUAGGACCCUGUGGAUGAGAAGGAGGUGGUGGAUCUGCUCUUGGACGCUGAAACCAUGGUGAAAGCUCAGCGGAGCCAGCCUGUGAAAUGCGGGAUUCCCCAGAAGGAGAAGGGAAGCAAGGAAAAGGGAGGUGGUGUGAAAAAAGGGAAAGAGAGAAAGAUCGAGUUGAGAGGAAAGAAAAAGAAGGAUAAGAAAGAGUCACAUCGACAUAGAAAGAAGACACUGGCAGUGGGUGAUGGAGAUGCCCUGGACUGUUGCGUCCUGCUCACCCGCCUGGAGGAGAAAGGAGUUGCAGGUAAAAAAAAUGCAUCAAAAACUGGGAAACAAAAGAGUGUUAAAGUCAAAAAGAAGCUGCACUUCAGCUCCAUUCAAAGACGGACCAAAUCUGGAAUUAAGAAAACUUCCACAGCCAAUCAGAAAGCACUGGAACCAAAAAUCAACCAAUCUGACGCCUCACUCAAGUUGCCUGCACCUGUCCUUGAGCCCCGCAGGCGGAGAAUGGCUUCCCUCAAUGCUGAGGCUGUCAACAGCUUGCUGCUCUACAAAGACAAUUCUCUCACGUCAAAUCUCACAAAGAAACGGCAGCCUUCUAAUGAAGAUCCAGCUAAAGAUAGUCUCACUAAAACUGAACAUAGAGGUUGUAAAACCAAAAAGGUUCCUCCGGGAGGGAAAGCAGACCCAAAAGAAAGACCUAAAAAACAGAGGCGGUCAGCAGCGGAGGCUCAGAACAUUGACUGGUUGGCUUUGUUUGCACCAACGCCUCGCCGUCAGGCCGGCCUCACUGCUGCAACGCUGCUCAAACUCACCAGUGCCACGUACGGAACCAAACGGCAGAAGAAGACGGACCCCAAGCCGGGGAGUGGAAGUGAAGCAGCAGCUACGACUCAGAAUGAGAUUAGUGGUAAACCAGUGUGUGGAAGAAAAACACAUCCCAAAUGUGAGGACCAACUAAAGCACAGAAAACAGGGUACAGAGGAUCCAGUUCAUUCCCAGCAGGGCUCUGCCAUCCAGGGUUGCUGUAGUUUGUGCAAAAGCGAGGCUUCAGAUCCAGAGUGGAAGGGCACCACAGGAGGACAGGAGUGUCUCAAACAUGCACUCCAUUGUGGCUCUUCGCUGGGAUUUUCCUUGAAAACAAUCAAAGAGGAGCAGGUGGAGACCGAAGUGUCUUCCUGCUACUGCUGCUCCCAGGAGAGGUGUGUCGAGUACUGUCACAGACUGGCCCUCUUCCUGGAGGACAAGACCUUCAAGGAACCAGACGAUGGCUCGCUGUCCGAGGUGUUCCACCACCACCAUCACCACCACCAUCAUCAUCACCACCAUCUUCAGUCCGCCCACUCCGUAGCCCACCCAGCGGCCAUAACCAUCAGCCCGCACACGUACACCUGUUUCCCUGGCUACUACGUCCACUUUAGCCACCCGGACACCUCCCCCUCUCCCAUAUCACCCCUCGCUUUAUGCCCAAGGCGCGGCAAGAGACCCAAGCUGCUCCCCAGCACUGAUCCGCAGCCCUCAGGGAUUACCCAUCCAGUGUACUGCUGCACCUCAGUGGAGGCGUGCUACGGAGAGCCCUGCAGGAUCAACAGCUACUCUUCCUAUACUAGUAUGAUUCCAGCCAUGGCCAGAGGAGGGUGCUCCUUAAGCCCCACAGACUGCACCAAAUGUAACCACAGCAUCAAAAGAGAUGACUACCCAUCAACCCUCAAUGAUCAUCACAGUUCCUCCUCCAUCCCCAUCUGUCCCAGCCCCAGAAUCCUCACUGGCUGCCCCAUUCCCACUGUGCCUCCAGCCGGCCAAUCAGUGCCCCACAUUCAGACUCCGCUUUCCGACCCCAGCCAACCGCAGCCACCGCUGCAGGUGGCGAAGGAGUGUCCGCAGAGUGCCAAGUCGCCCAGCGGGUCGAGGUCUGGCGCGCGUGGCACCGGCAGCAUCAGCUCGGCUGUCUGCCCUCUCAACAGGGACAAGAAACAGAAGCUCGCCUCUGCCAACAUCGGAGGGCGAACGGUUGCAGAGAAGCCGAAGAACGGCCGCCAAAAAACCACCAACGGCUGGCAGCCAGUUGGCCUGCCCUUUCAGAAAGAGGUUUUCUCAGUGGGAGAGGAGGCUCUGGUGCUGAGGAAGUGUUUUGAGGGAGUCCAGAGGGACGGGGAGCUGAUUCGGGUCAGAGACACUGUUCUGCUGAAAUCUGGACCUAGGAAGAAGUCUCUGCCUUACGUGGCCAAGAUCUCAUCUCUGUGGGAAGAGCCAGAGUCAGGAGAGCUGAUGAUGAGUUUGUUUUGGUACUACCGCCCAGAACACACACAGGGGGGACGCAACCCCAGUAUACAUUGUGAGAAUGAGAUCUUUGCAUCUCGUCACCAGGAUGUGAACAGUGUGGCCUGUAUUGAAGACAAAUGCUAUGUCCUAACAUUGGCACAGUAUUGUCGAUUUUGUGCCUUGGUAAAACGCCGUAGGGACGGCGUACGUGACAUUUCCGCCUCCCUCGUGGUGCCACCCGUUGUUGGCAACGCCAUGCCCACCCACCACUGUGUGCCCGAUGACGUCGACCCAGAGCUGGUGUUUUUCUGUCGACACGUCUAUGACUUCCGCUACGGACGCCUCCUCAAGAACCUGCAGUAGCAUCUGACACAUAAUGCUAUUGGACGUGAGAUAAUGUUUCUUAUCCUCCACAACUUUAAUUAGCUACAUACCUACCUGCUGCCUGUGUGAGAGGAACCGGAAGUUUUGGAUGAAGGAUUGAGAGAUGAUCUAAUUUUGUUUUGAAAUCUCUAGUGCAUUUUUACAUGCCACACAUUUAUUUAGUAAGAGUAAUGGUCUGACAUAUUGUAUAAGAGUUAAUACGGCAGUGUAAAUGGUCUUUAUCAUACAUGGCUCUUUGGUGUUGUAGCAGCUGUGUGAAGAACCUCGAACGUACUCUGCUGUAGAAAACGCUACUGUAGCUAUUAGAAAUGUGACAUUUGAUAGAUAUGAAGAAAGGUUGAUGCUACAUACAAAUUAUUGUCUGCCUGACAGAUAUCAGACACACAAUGUGUCUUAAUGAUACACCAUAGCUAAAGAAAAUCUGAGGCUUAUCGUGCCGCAUCAGCCGGAAGAGACGAGAAACAAAGAUAUUUCUGAGUGGCUGAAAAUGUAAUCACAUUUGUCAUUAGAUUUCUCUGUAAGGCACUGCAUACAGAAGUUUGACAGAAAAGCUCCAGUGUGAACAUCUGCGUUCAAGAUGUUUAAAGGAAUAGUUAGAUAUUUUGGGGAAUGUGCUUUUUCGCUUUCUUGCCAAAAGUUAGAUGUGAAGAUCGAUACCUCUUUUACGUCUGUUCGUUAAAUAUGAAGCCACUGUUAGCAGCCAGUUAGCUUAGCUUAGCAUAAAGACUGGAAACAGGGGGACAGCGGGGCUAGCUGUUUCCCUGGCUUUGGACAGAACCAGGCUAGCUGUUUCCCUUUGUUUCCAGUCUUUGUGCUAAACUGAGCUAACUGGCUGCUUGGUCCAGCUACAUAUUUACCGGACAAGCAUGAGAGUGGUAUUGAUAUUCUCAUCUAAAUCUUGGCAAGAAAGCAUAAACAAUUCUAUUAUUUAACAUUUGCAUUUUCAUGUAAUUGUGAUUGACCUGUAGGUCUAUGUGGUAAACUCUGAACACAGCUGUGAGGAAAGUUCUUGAUCAGACGUUCACCUUUAUUACCACUGAUUAAGUACAUGCACAGCAAACAGUGAAAUGUGGGGUUCUUUGGCUACUUCUCUCGUGAGUUUCUGAGAGAAUUGUAGGUUUUAUGUUAUACCUGUAACUCUGAAAUUCACCUCAGUGGUGAUUUUCACAAUGUAGUACAGAACUGCACUCUACUAAGAAAGUGCAGUUCAGUUUAUUUGAAUUCGCAGUGUGAAGAUAUCCAAUGAGCCGAGCAUUAAGGGGAUUUAUGUUAUGCCAAUGCUGAGGAAUAUUUUACUUUCUCAAAGCUGUUUUCCAGAGGUGUGAUUUGACUUCGGUGUCAGCUAACUGUAUAUUUGCAUUUAUAUAUCUGGAUGAGUGUCUGUUCAUGGCAGAUGGCAUCAGUUAGUCACCUAUAUUCUUGUUUGUUCACCGAUGAGAUGGUGAGUAAUGUAUUCAGUGUAGCAUUUAGAUCUGUGAUUAUGAUUCAUUCCUAUGUUUGAGAGAAGAUAUGUAUUUAUUUCUGUACUGAGAAAAUAUAAUUUAUUUUCAAAAGAUAAUUUUAAAGAAUAGAGUUUUAGAUGAGUGGCUUUCCUGAUUAGAAAGGAGGUUGAAGUUGUCUCUCCUCCUUAGCUGCACUGUCUAAGAUGAAAAGUGUGUGAGUCAUUUGCAAUUGUAUUUCUGUGAUCGAUUGAGCUUGCUUACCCAAUACAAACCUAUUAAAUGUUGUGUUGAGAUGUUGAAGUCCUCCAGGCAGAUUUGAGGACACAUUUGGAGUAUUUGGAAGGAUCUCAGAUACAGUUUGAAGGACACCUGCUAACAUGUGACCAGAGAUGCUUAACCUGCAGGACCAAAAUGUACCAUGGACUCUCCCAGCGUCCUGUCAUUCUCCUAUCACCUCUCCUCUGAUGAUAAAGCUUUGCCUCUUCACCUUUAAAUGCCGAAUGCUACAAUGAUUUAAACUUACCUUACCAUUAGCCUGUGCCCUUGAUCUUGCUGCCUUAGAGAACAUUCCCAGCCUUUCAUCUAGAAAUGUGUACCGAUAUCAGCCUGGGGUAAUGAAGCUUUUUAGUGUGCUUAUCUUGAUUCCUAUAUGCUUGAGAUGCAUCUCAGGUCCAUCGCAUUCAUGUGAUCCUGUGUGAUCUGAAAGGCUAAACUGAUCCUUGAUCAACACUUUUAUUUCGACAAAAGUCUGCUCAAGUUUGAUUCAAAUUCAAAGUGAUCUUUAGUAUCAAACACCUAACACUCAGCAUUUUCGUAAAUAUUCUUUUUCACUUUCUUGUUUAGAGUUAAAUGAGAAGAUUGAUACCACUCAUACCUGUAUGCUAAAUACAGCAUAAAUGUUAAAUGUUAGCAUAAAGACUGCAGGAGGAAACAGCUAGCCUGGCUCUGUUGGAAAAGGCAACAAACUCCAGCUACCAGCACCUCACUGAUUAACGUUGUCUGUAAAAAUCAUGUAAAAAUGACAAUUUGCUGAUAGCUGGUUCUCCCUGUUUCCAGUCGUUAUGCUAAGCUAAGCUACCUGUCUGUAGGCUGUAGCUUCAUAUUUAGCAUACAGAUAUGUGUGUAUGUGGUAUUGAUUUUCUCAACUCUCGACAAGAAAGUGAUAAGCGUAUUUCUCAAAAUAUUGAACCAUUGCUUAAAGUUUGUAGAUUUGUGCUUGUCAAGGAACAGCAGCUACAGUCAGCUUAAAUUCUGUCAGUUGCAAUGAAGUUCAGACGUUACAGGUUUUCAUGGUGGACAAAAAGUCAAAUCAAAAUGUCCACAGAAACUUUUCUAAACCCCUUCUUCAUCAUAAUCCACCUCUCAACUGUCCGUCUGUAUGCUCAUUAUGUUACAAACAAUCACAUUUUGCCAAAAUACAGCUAAAGACACAGCUUCCUGGCAGAGCUUCAAGGAGGUUGAUAGCACAGCAUGGAGGUGGUGUACUUUGUAUCUGACAUGUUUUAAGCUGACCAAUAGCGCUGUUGUACAAACUACUUACAGCCACCUUACAAACACAGGGUGAGUAUGUGAUAGUCAAAAGAUAGAUUUUGGGUGGAGUAUCACUUGAAAAUGCCCACAUCCUGCCUACUUCUGCUUUACCCCCUGUACAAAGGGUGGGGUUCAUUUUGUGUGUUAAUUUACAAAAAUAUAAUUCACUAUAAUUAAUUAAUGGGUUGAUAUUUGACUUUAAAACAAGCCUCGGAUGAAUAUUUUCAAAUUGGUUAAUUCAGGCUAAAAUAGAAAGAGUAGACCCUGCCGUUUCACUCUGCCUUUCUCAGUAAACCAAAGGUUAUCAGUCUAUAUCAAAACUUUCUCCACUGACUGAAACAUUUUAUUGAGUAUUGAUAGAUGGUGGAUGUACAGCAGCAAAGCCCACACAGCACAAUACAACAAAACAGAAUUGGGUAAACUACAUUUGGUUUGAUUUGGUUCUGCAAUUUAAAAUCCCCCCGGGUGUUCUGGAUCAGAGUUAGAAACCACACACAGUACAUAUUACGGCCUUAGGAAUCCCUCAGCAAACUAAUUAUGUUUAAUCAAGAUGUGUGAUACUUAUGUCUUAAUUGGUCCACUGUGCCUGUUCCCAUUAACCCGUAUAUAUUCCAAGAGAGAAGGACGAGCAGUUACUGUUGUUUUUACCCACCUUCCAAAUGCCUUUCAUUUUUGUCAGAUGACGCUGGUCUGAACUGAAUCACCACAAAGAAAUGUUUGCACCAAAAAGAGGAAGGGGGGAAGGUAUUGACACAUGAAUUUAAUUCAUUUUCAUCCACAGGUGUACAAAAACCUAAACUUUGGUUCUUCUGAUGUGAAUUUAUGUUCAUAUUCUUUGCAUGGCGUUUUGGAAAUAUCUUGGAAAUAUUAAUCACAGCACAGAUUAUUUGUAUGGUUUCAAAUGGACCUCUGUAAUAUAAGAAAAAUAUUUAAUUGUAAUAAAUAAUAUAUGAGUUUGAA